AAGACUAUUGGUGUCACAGUUAAUUCCUCUUGUAAAGACCUGGUAUAUUUCUGUAGUAUUAAAUACAUAGAACGCUCAUUAAGAUGUUCACAUGUUCAAAGAGGAAAAUCUACUUAAAAGCAUUUUGUUAUAUUUAAGCUAAUCAGUUUCACAUGGAUAAUAAGAAGGAAAUAUACAACGGAUUUAAAUUGUAAUAGGGAUAAGCGUUAAAAGUAAAACAGCAGGAAGCCAGUGAAAUAUAUAGAGAUAUGAAACAGUGAACUUAUUUGAAGCAGCUGGUAGAGAACAUUUAUUAAAAAAAUGGCUGAACCAGGAGCAGGUUUUGAUUCCAAAGGACUAGGGCUCAGUCUACAAAAAAAGCUUCUUGGAAAAAUGUCCAACAAGAAAAUUGCCAAACACUUUAUUGACGAUACAACAAGUGAAGUCUUAGACAAAGCUUUUCUUAUUAUUAAAGACUUCAAAAACAAGGAAGAAGCCAAGAAGAUCAUGAAAUAUAUCAUUAAAACAGUUAUAAAAGUUGGUAUUUUAUACAGGAAUGAUCAAUUCAAUGCUGAGGAGUUAAAAACAGUGGAAACAUUUAAAUCUAAGUUUCAUUCCCUAUCUAUGACUAUGGUAAGCUUCCAUGAAGUUGACUUUACAUACGAUAAAGCUUUCCUGAAAACCAGUUUAGAGGAAUGUAGACAGUUGCUACAGACUGUGAUCAGUAGACAUCUAACGGACAAAUCGAAAGUACGCGCUGACACAGUAUUCAACUUCUUCAACUGUGAGGAACUUAUGGAUCAGAUCUUCGAUUCUAGUGGGAAAUAUAGGGAUCAUAUGGAUGUUGUUGUACGGAACAUGCAUAAAAUGAUGGAUGACGGAAAUCUUUGAUGAUCUGAAAUAGUUAUUUAUAGAUCUUAUGCAAUAACAUUUUUUGUAUGCAAUAUAUAUGUAAAGGAGGUACACUGUAUUAUAUUCAUAACAUUCCAACCUUAAUUUUAAGAUUGGAAGUAUAUCGUAUAACCCAUUCCUUGAUCCUUAUAUAUAGCAAUAUUUCAAAAUUAUUACAGCAUCAAUUAGCUUUGCUUUUUUUUCAUCAAAAAAUUUUGUAUCAAAGUUGAUUCAGCCCUUAAAGACAGAUUUAUAUAGGGAUAUCUAGUUUUGGAAAGAAAAAAGUAUUAUUAAAAUUAAUAAAAAAAUAAUCAAGUAUUUAGAUUUGUACAAGAUAAAGAACAAACAAUGGUCAUUAAGUGUUGAAGAACUUUUGAAUCUUUCAGCCUUAUAAUUGAAGCAUUCGGCCAUUACAAUUACUAUUUGAAUUGGUAUGAAGCAUUUUGCUCUCCAAUCAAUUGUUUAUGAUAUCAUGUUUACAGCUGUUUGCACAAUGAAGCUAAAAUGUGCCUUAAUUAUAUCAAAGAGUGCCCUUUUAAUUGUGAUUUCCAUUUUUGGAAAACCAUGUUAGAUUCAUUAUAGAUUAUCAACAUCACUUACCAUGAUAGAAAUAUUGAAAUGGUCAUUCUUCUAUGAAAGAUGAUCAGUGUUUACUGUAAAUUCAAAAGGUACUGUGAUUUUUAUAGAAUGGAUAAAAAUAAGAGAUUUAUUAUGGGAUUCCUUGAAAAUCUGCAUAGAGAUGUAUAAAAUAUCAGAUAGAAAGUUCUUAUUAUUGUGAUCCUAAUCCAGUCGCAUUUUUUGACCGAUAAGGAUUUUAAAUGCAGAAGCAUAGAAGAUGUUUUAAGAAUAAAAUUAUAGUAGAUGGUGUAUAGAUACAUCUUUGGAUAUGCUUUAUGAAAAAAUGCAAUUGUAUGCAGCAUUUCUUAAGAUUGACUGGUCAUGUCUGUUGAUUAUCUGUACAGUUCUUAUAAUUACAGAUGUAAAAAGCAGUUAAUGACUUCCACAUUUUUUUUCAUUGUCCAUUUUACAAUACAUUCAAUCAACAUGGGAAAACAUGAUUUUAUAGGGACACUUUAUAUUGAAAACUGGCAGAUUAAUGUAUCGUCAUCAUGGUCAUAGGUGGUUAAUUGUAUGAAGUUUCAUGAAGAAACACCUGUGCUGAAAAAAUUUAAUGUUUAGCUUUUUAAAGCAUUAAUCAACACCAUCAACUGUGAUCAAGUAUUACCUUUCAAAAAAGCUGUCUAACUCGAAAUCAUGUCUUCUAGAAACUUUUUUUUUUCUAAAUAAAAUUUUAUUACUUAUGAAGUUUUCAAGAACAACAAUUAUAUAUUUUUUACUAUUUAAAAAAUUUUAUAUAUUUUUUGUAAACACUUGUUAAAUAUUAAAUAGGAAUAGAUUUUUUUACGAGACAAACCACUGCCAAAUAUUUUAUUGUAUUUUCUUUCUUACUGUUAUUGCAAACAAAAUUGUAGGUUCACUAGAAAUUAAAGAGAAAAAAUAUAGAAUUUGUUUUGUUUUCUAAAAUAAUUUUGGAUAGUUUUCCCCAUAAUUCAUGUAUUUUUCUAACAAUCUUUUGGUAAUAUUUCUAUGAAAUGGUUGAUAUUGUUUAGGGUAGAGACAAGUUCUCCAAUUUUUGUUAUUAAUUUAUUCAGUAAGCUUUUAAAUGCUCACAGAAUGAACUAAAAAAGUUAAUUAUUGAAUUUACCUUAGGUAAAUGUGGUUAUGAUGAAACUUCCAUUAAUGAAACAAAACAAUAUUAUUGGCUUUAUGAAUUGCAUGCACACUUAUAUUUUGCAUGUAUGGUAGACGAUUGUAAAUAUAGAACAAACAUAUAUACAAUAGUAUGAACUAAAAUGGGAACCUGUAUUAAAUCAAAUGUAGUUUUGAAGCUGUAUUUCUGUGUUUAAAGGUAGAAUGGGCACCAUUGGAGUAUAUAUCUUGGAAAUAACUGCAUUGUAUUGAAGCUCGAAAACCUAACAUUGGUUUUUGGACAGUGCUCAGUAAAUGGAUAUUUGUGUCAGUAAAACAAAGUAGGCCAAGCUAAACAUGUAUAACAUUUAUCAAACACCAGACUUGUUGGCCAAAUAUAUGCUUCAGAACAAAAUACAGUUUGAUGAAAAUGUAAAUUUCAGAUGCUUUGUCUGCUUAUUUGGUCAUCUCAUACCAUUGAGUUUCUGUUUUCAAAAUGGCAGCUCCUCAAAGUUAUUGGUACAUUUGUAGACCAUUUAAUCUAAUCCCCUCAAAAUUGGCCAAGUAAAAUCAUGAUUAAAAAAUAAUUGCAUUGUACAUGAUUUGUUUGAUUUUUUAAAUGUAGUUUAUCAAUCUAUUUCCAACCCUUAGACUAUUAAAGUAAAUGUUACAGGGUUGUUUUCAAGCUGCAGAAUAUGAAAAAUUGUCUUAUUUUGGCCAAAACAUAAUUAAGUGACCAGAAGGGGAACAAAAAUAAAAUUUGGAAUUAAAAAAUUAGGCAAUUGCUUUAAAAAAAAAAUUGAAGGGAAAAUUGUGCCUUCUUACAUGUUUAUUGUUAUAUAACAAAGUAAGUAGAUUAACAUUACAGACAAUUAUGAAAAUAAGAUAAAUAUGAGUUAUCUCCCCUUAUAAAUCAAAUUGUAAAGAAUUUUUAUAAAUCAAAAUUUCUGUAUUCAAAACAACAUAUUUUGUACUUAAAAACUAUAUUUUUGUUAGCAAUAAAAUUUAUACUAUAUAAAUGUUUACUAAUUUCGGUAAAUUUCGUACAAAUCGUAUGAGGUGCAAGAUGGUGAUGGGAAUUCACCACUUUUGAAAUUUGAAAUAAAGAUUUUUGCUGUGUAUUUUAAGAUAUUAAUUGCUCCGAAUUAAAAAAUGAGCUUCCUGAUAUGCUAUUUUUAGCUGAGAGUAGGUAUUUAGUAGUGAAUAUGAAAUGUAUAGCUUUUUAUAAAUGCCCAAUUCCCUUCAUCAAUAUGACAGUGCUAUCAAUUAUUAGCUUUUUAUCAAUUCAUUCUUUACUAAUAGUGUGCUGUGUAACAUUUUGUAUGAUUGUGAUACAUGUGUUUGUUAUUGUUAUCCCAGUCAGAGAUUGUUCUUUGUUUUCUUUUUCUUUCAUGCUACAAUAAAAUAAUAAGCUUUUUAUGAGUGUGAAGUUCAGCAACUAACAAUCAAUCAAUUGUAAAAAAAAUUGUCAUAUAGUUUUAUUUUUUUCUUCUGAUUGCCUUCUUUUUAGAAAAUUCAAGAUAGGCUUAAUAGAAUAUGUUAAAAAAAGUCUUUUUUUGUUCAUUAAUCAUGUAAAUUUAUUUAUUAAAAUAUCAUUACAAAAUUGUUAAAAUUUCUAAAACAUUUGCUAUUAUAUUUAUUUUUAAGUUCAGUUGACAGUGGUAGGGAGCAGGACAAAGGGGUUGUCUUUCCCAGUGGUCCCUUUUUUGUGGCAAACUAGAAGUGUGUCUGCUUAGUUACUUAUUCAUGUUUAUUAGUGUUUCUCAGAUAUCCAGUAUCCUUUAUUGCCAAAAGUAUACAAAAUGUAAGACCUCAAAAGAAUUAAACACACAUCUAAAGAUGAUUAAUUUAUUGUAGUUUCAUGGCUUGUUACUUAUUUCUUUUUCUGGUGCUAUUUUCUGAUGCCAAAAUACAUAUGUAUAAAAGUUUUUAUAGGCUCUUUGUGAUAAAAUCAAAAUGUUAAAAUGUUAUUUAUAUAUAGUGCUUUCUCUCCUUUUGUUUAUAUAUUACUUCGUUUGUAUACUUAUACUUCAGUACUUGAUCAAACAGGUUUGACACAUGUUAAGUCUGUAGUAUGUAAUUUUACUUACCUUUAUAUACAAAUGAUUAUAAGAAUUUAUUUAUCUAUAAGUGCAUGUUCUUCUGCAUGUUAUUUUUUUUAAGUGUAAUUUUGCAAAUGUUCAUCGAUUUUUUUUUGUACUUGUAUAAUGGUGAAUUUAGGUGUAGCUUUUUUUGAUAAUGUUCAUUAAAUAUUUUUUGAAGUGGUAAAAAAAUGGUUUAGUUGUUGGUAUUAGUAGGUUUUGAUAUCAGCUGUCUUUAAACAACUGAAAGGUGUACUCAUUUACUGUAGAGCUAAUUUAAAGAUUUUUAUUCACAAUUGAUAUUCUCUUCACCUUUAAGCAAUGUAUCUUGUAUUCACGUGAGAAAUUAUUUAUAGAUUUCAACUUUUAAGGUUUGCACCAUAUUAUAAUAAUAUAAUACAUUCUGUAUGUAUAAAAUACUAGUUAUAUAUGGACCUCAAUAAGCCUUAUAAGGCAUAUUAUCUAUGAAAUAAUGGUUUGGUGUUCAGACAAGUUUCACAUUAUUUCAUGUAACCAUAGUUACUCCGAACAUGAAUGCUUAAGUUCCACUGUUGCAGUUCUCAAAUUUGUUAUCUUAAAAAUAUUUAUGAUUAUGUUUAAAGAUUUCUAGUCGACUGAAAGGAUCUGUGUUAGAUAAGGGCAUAAUAUUUAUCCUCAUACUAAAACUUAUAAAUACUUUAAGAAAAAAAUCUGUUAGAAAAAUUGUUUUUUGUUCUUUUUUUGUUCUUUAUUAUUAGUUGUUUCUAACGUACUGAAUUUAAAAGAUGAAAUUUUAAGAUUUUAAUAUUCUUGAAAUUAAUAUCCUUCAACACAUAUUUGAAAAGAAAUUUUACCAAAUUAAGGU